CCCAUGAACAAGAUACUGGGAGGGGGGUAGGUCAUGCUGGGCUGUAGAAUUUUAUCCCCUUUUUUAUAUUCCCCCCCCUCCCCGGGCUUGGAAUUGCAGUGACCAACCAUCUGCCUUUCUCUGUACAUAGCGGGUGCUGGACAGCAGCAUGGGGCCCCAGAAGAAGUUGGGACUCAGGAAUGGGGGCAGGGGAACACGCCCACUUCCCCAGAGGAUAAGACUUUUAUCCACGUUAACCAUUACCCCUUUGCUUCCAUGGCAGCAUCUUCAAGGAGGCGGGACCUGGGGUAGGAGGGAGGGUCAGCUGGUUGCGAUGGACCUUGUCCCUACCCUGAGCCCUGGAUCGCUGAUCCAGCUAUGGAGGCAGCCGCAGGUAGGAGGAGGAGGCUGAGAGAAAGAUUUUUGGGUGGGGGUGACUUUGGGGCAGCUGGGGCAGACAUGGAGGCUGAGGCUCUGGGACCAGGGCACCACUGGAUGUUGGGGCUGGGAGCCCUGAGGCAAAUAGACUGGAGUUAGGGGAGGAGAGGUGAGGUGAUCUGUUUUCCUGGUCCACGCCCUGCACUGAUAUGCUUAGAUUUCUGUGCCAAGGACUUGGGGGAGGAGGGAUGGGAAUGCGAAAUAUCUUUGGUAUAUGACAUCAGUGGGAAGGGAAGACCCCUUUGCAGCAGAGCUGAGGGGCAAGUCCUGAGUUCGGGGGUUCCCCUAAGUCCUUUCAGUUUCUGACCAUGGGGAGAGGAGUCUGGAGGGAAGAAUGUGCCUGUCCUCUGCUCACCACGUCUCGCCCCCUGAUCUUCAGGACACAAACUCAUUAAUUCUGAAGUUUGAGUUUAACCCAAAGCUGGGGAUUGAUAAUCCUGUCCUCUCCCUGGCUGAAGACCACGACUUCUCUGAUCCCUGGAGCCUGCAGCGGCCUCGCUUCUGUCUGCUGAGCAAAGAGGAGGGCAGGAGUUUUGGCUUCCACCUGCAGCAGGAGCUGGGAGGAGCAGGGCAUGUGGUGUGCAGGGUGGAGCCAGGCAGCUCUGCACAGCGCCAGGGUCUUCAAGAAGGAGACCGGAUCCUGGGGGUGAACAGCCAUGUCGUGGAACAUGAAGGCUACGCAGAGGUGGUGCGCCGUAUCCGGGCUAGCGGUCCCCGGGUGCUGCUGAUGGUUUUGGCGCGGCACGUGCAUGAUGUGGCCAGAGCUCAGCACGGCAACGAUGCUCAAGUCUGUCCUACCCUAGGCCCUGGGGUCAGGCCCCGGCUGUGCCACAUAGUGAAAGACAAGGGUGGCUUUGGCUUCAGCAUCACCCAUGGAGAGCAGGGUCCUUUCUGGUUGGUGCUGAGCACUGGGGGAGCAGCUGAGCAGGCAGGGGUGCCCCCUGGGGCCCGACUGCUAGAAGUGAAUGGGGUCAAUGUGGAGAAGUUCACUCAUAAACAACUCAGCAAGAAGCUUCAGCAAAGUGGAAAGCAGGUGACCUUGCUGGUGGCAGGGCCAGCGGUGGAGGAACAGUGUCGCCAGCUUGGAAUGCCCCUGGCUGCACCCCUGGCAGAGGGCUGGGCACUGCCAACCAGACCCCGUUGUCUACACCUAGAGAAAGGGCCCCAGGGCUUUGGGUUCCUUCUUCGCGAGGAGAAGGGCCUCGGUGGUCGCCUCGGGCAGUUCCUGCGGGAGGUGGACCCAGGAUUCCCAGCUGAGAAGGCGGGGAUGCAAGCUGGGGACCGGCUGGUGGCUGUGGCUGGGGAGAGCGUGGAGGGGCUGGGCCAUGAGGAAAUAGUGUCCAGGAUCCGGGCACAGGGCUCCUGCGUCUCCCUCGUUGUUGUUGACCCUGAGGCUGACCGCUUCUUCAGUAUGGUCCGCCUGUCCCCACUCCUCUUUUUGGAGACCACAGAGGCUCUUGCCUCUCCCCAGGACACCCUCUCAGUGCCCUUGGUUGAGGCCAGGGACCCACCAGCUGAAGACACAGCUGCACUCCCUAUCCUGCUUGACUCCCGCCAGUGCGUCCUGUACCCUGGGCCUGGCGGUGGCUAUGGCUUCCGACUCAGCUGUGUGGCCAGUGGGCCCAGUGUCUUCAUUUCUCAGGUGACCCCAGGAGGCUCAGCUGCCCGGGCUGGGCUGCAAAUAGGGGACAUGAUCCUGGAGGUGAAUGGGUGUCCUGUGGGUAGAGAGAAUGACCCAGAAAGACUUCAGCAGUUGUCUGAGGCUGAACCACCCCUCUUCUUGAAGCUGGCAGCCAGGUCUCAGCAGGGCUUAGAAGCCUGGAUUCCCUCAAAGUCUGGAGAGGACUGGCCUCAGGCCUCAGAUGUGCUGUAGUGCUCCCCUGUUUGGCAAAGAGCUACCCAGUGGCUUUCUUGUCUUCACUUUCCAACCUGAGGUGGUGGGAGCAGGGAUGCUCUCUUUAAGCCAGAAGCUGGAGCUCAAGGACUCUGGACACUUCCAAUCACAGGAUUGCCCAGGGUCUCCCUCCAUUCCCCUGGGCCCACCAACAAGCAAAGGGUAUGGUCAGAGGCCUCAUGAAGGCCCAUGGGGGAGCCUAUUCCCAGCUGACCCGCCCCUCUGGCUCCAGAGGAGGUUAUGUGGGAGGUCUGGGGAGCUGUGCCCCAGUGAUGAGGUUCUGCCUGAGAACAGUGGGUGGUGAGGCUAUCCAGGAUUGGAAUCAUCUGGAACUUGCCCUAGGCAUGUAUUACAAGAGUUUGGAGACCAGACGCACCUUCCCUCUGUGGGCACCUUAGGAUUCUGGGGCCACAACCACUGUAGCAGUGGUUGCCUGGUCAUUGUAGCAUCUGAUGUUAUAGACAUGGCCUUUCCCCACACAUCUGGCUGUCUGUGUUUCUGUUGGUGGGAACAGGAAGGUAGUGGUUUGAAGGGACCAAGAGGGCCCCAGGUUCAAGGGGUAGUUUUUGUGGAAGAGGGGUUAAAAUCUUGCCAAAUUUCCCUCAUAACAUUCAGUCUUCGAGGUAACGGGUCAGCCCAGAACAAAGGUGUCCCCAUGAGAGGCACUCCUGUCUGCCAGCUGUCCACAGUACACAGCUCUGUUGAGUUCUACAUCGAGACAGCUUUAUUACUGGGGCUUCAGAGAGCCGGGGGACCACAGGCCUGCAGACUCAAAGAUCCAGGGGGUUGAGUCCAAACUGGCGCAGCUGCUCCUUGUGCCUGGCAUGGAGUCUCAGUGCAGCCUCAUCCCACUGAGGCUUGAUGGCUCUUAGCUUGGCCAAGAGCUGGUUCAAGCUGCCCUGCAGAUACCAAGCUUCAGCCCCCAGAAGGGGAGAGGACAGGGGUGGGGGUGUCCCAGGCCAAUUUGGACGCUUUCUUUGCCAGUGUUUUCUUAAUGUUCUUGUUCUCAGUGGGUGGCACCUUUAUAUCCCCUUGUCUUCAGCCCUCAAAAUAGAGCAGUUUCCCUGGGGAGAUGCUUCUUCCCUACUUCCCAUGCCUGGUCUGUUAGUCAUUACAUUGGCUAGGACUUAGGGGACAUGGAGGAAUGUGGGGCACUGGGGUAGCUGGGCUCCAGAGGGUGGCGCUUACAUGUAAGAUUUCCUCAUAUUUGGCCUCCAUGUCCGCUACAUGGGCCUGAAGCUGAGCCAGCAUCUGGUCCCGUUCCCUGAGGGCCUG